AUGGGUUGUGCAGCCUUUUUUCAUCAGCUUGUACUAUUGCAAGUGGUUGCUUCUACGGCUAUUGCGCAAACACUCGUUAUUACUGAGCCGAAAAUCGGUGAUACGGUAAACUUCGAUGAAGGGAAGAAGGUGUCUAUCUUCGUUCUGACAACAGUGACAAAUGGAGGCGGCAUUUUUGAAUACAAAGUUGUGUCUGUCAGUAGCGGGGAAGAUAUUAAACCUACUAUUGAAUUUGAACAACCGCAUCUCAACAAGCUGACGUCAAGAGAAACGCUGGACAGAGAAAAACACGGGUCUUUGUUGGCCAUCUCAAUUCAAGUCAAUUAUGUUUUGGGCCAAGACACGUUUUCUGACUUCAGCACUUUUACUUUAAGAAUAGUAGAUGUUAACGACCAUGGUCCAGUAUUUACGAACUUUGACAAAGGCACAGGAUACAUUGCUACAGUUACAGAGAAUGUCACAACAGGUUUUGUCUUACGGACCAUUUCAGUUUCGGAUGGAGAUGCAGAUGAUCCUAACAAUGUUGUUGUGCUUACUGUUGCUCCACCCUAUGAUCUUCUUUUUGAGUUCCUCAACUUUGAAUUGGUAUUUUAUGGUAACCCUGGUGAUUUAGACAGAGAAAAGAAAAACAGUUAUCUACUGAGUGUAACGGCUACCGAUGGUGGAACACCUUCUCGGUCGAAUCAGACUACUGUUACUAUUACUGUGGGUGAUGCCAAUGACAAUACUCCUGUUAUCACUAAUAACGGGUCAAAAUACUAUGUUGCAAGUAAUGCCCAGAUUGGCUUCCAAAUCACAUCUGUAACCUUUACUGAUGAAGAUAUUGGAGUCAAUGCUGAAGUGACAUUCAUGUUGGUGAAGGGUGGUGAUAACAAGCUGGCCAUCGAUUCUAACAAUGGAAGCAUCUACGUAAUAGCUUCUAUUGUCAAUGACACAGAGUUUACUCUAACUGUCACUGCAAAAGACAAAGGCACACCAGCCUUGUCAACUGAUGGUGUUAUUGUCAUUGUUGUUGAACAACCUAAUGAUUAUACUCCUGUGUUCUCAAAUUUGCCUAAUCAAACCAACAUUGUUGAGAAUAGUGCAGUUCCGUCUUUGCUAUUUACAGCAAUCGCAUCUGAUGGUGAUUCGUCUGACACGUUAGAAGGCCAAUUCUCAUUUUCUGUUCCAACUUCUAGUCCAUACAUAAGUAUCAACAGCAGCACUGGAAAGAUUACACUCGGAAAAUCAUUUGACAGAGAGGAGCAAAAUACACUGAACUUUACCAUUCGUGUUACUGAUAAAGCACUGAGAUUGGCAAAGUCAGCUGAUGCCACUCUGACAGUCACAGUCCUGGACGAGAAUGACAACAGUCCUGAAUUCGAUAAGAAGGUUUAUGAAAAAGGUGUUGCAGAGAAUAGUACUAUUGGUACAACUAUACUGAUUGUUUCUGCCAGCGAUUUGGAUGAGGGAACAAAUCAGAAACUGAAAUACUAUUUUGAGUCCACAACAGAUGAUGGCUUUUUCUUACUAAAUCAAGAAACAGGUGCUCUAAGCAUAAAGAAGACUCUUCAUCAAAAAACAAACCCUGUGCAUAAUGUUACUGUUGUUGCUGAGGAUGCUGGCUCUCCUAAACUGAAUGCGACAGCUGUGGUGAAGAUUAAUGUCAUUGAAGAGUUGGUUCCCACAACUGCUUUCUACACCAUCAAUGUAACAGAUGCUGAUGAUGGUGUUGCUGAUCCGACGAUGGUUGUCAUUUCUAAUACUACUACACUUUCCGAGUUGCUUACUGUAGCAACUAAUCUUUCAUCAGACACAUUUUCUUCUGCAAGUGGCGAUAGUAUUGUUACUAAGCUAUCUAAUCUUGUUUCUGAUCAGAAUCUGACUUCUUCUGAUGUGGAUGAUAGUAUCAAGGUGUUGACUUCUCUAGUUUCUAUUCAAGAGGAGAUAUUGAGGACAAAGAAGAAUUUUACUCCAACUGACAAUUACAUUGCUGGACACAUCAACGCUUCAGGAAAACUUUUGGACACCAACAAUCAAACUGCAUGGCUUAGCCUGAACUCUAAUAAUGGGGCUCCUGCUUUUGUGGAAUCCAUGGAGAGAUUUGGUCGAUUGAUUUCCUCUUCAUUGCCAAUCGAUGACAACAAACUUAUAACAUUUGCAACUGAUAAUAUAGUUUUAACGUUUACGACUGUUAGCAAGUCAAUGUUCCAACCGAUUUCUUUCGAUGGUGAAUUUUCAGCUGGAAAUGGCAUUGAUAAUACGAAGGACUCUUCAUCGUAUAUUUCAUCAAGUGUUUUGUCAUAUCUCCUUAAAGAGACUGGUGCUGAUAAACUUGCUGUUUCUAAUGUUGUGUUAAAAGGCGUGCAGGAGUUCUUGCCUCCAUCUUUGAUGACAUCUGAAGACUUGUCUCAUCAAUCAAUUGGUGACUUGAGAAAGAUGGCAAAUGAUUUGCCACACACUGAUGUUGUCUCACUGUCGAUAUUGGAGGUUGGAAAACUGGAUAGUCUAAACUACAACUUGCCAAACCCUAUCGACAUCAGAUACACAAAUGUAGAGUUUCAGAAUAACUCUGAGUUUCGUUGUGCUUACUACCAAUUUGAAAGCAACACUUGGUCGUCCAAUGGUGUUACAACAGAAAUACUUGGAGGAGGAAACAUUUUAUGCAGCAGCACUCAUCUUACCAGUUUCAGUGUUCUUACGUCAGUUCAGGGAGCUGUGAUCACAGACAGUUUGAGGUACAUUACUUACGUUGGUUGCGGAAUAUCUCUUGUUUGUAUGGUUUUAGCUCUCAUCUGUCUCAUCUACUUCAGGUCGGAUUUAUAUCCUCAGAAGAACUUUGUUAACAUCAAUUUCCUUAUUGCUCUGACUCUAGCUGUUACGUUCUUUCUAGCAGGAAUAGAUCAAUCUAGCAACCGGGCUACAUGCAAGGCAAUGACCAUCAUAAUGCACUAUCUGUUUCUGGCUGCAUUUUGCUGGAUGUUGUGUGAAGGAAUCCUACUUUACUUGAUGAUAGUUGUUAUAUUUGACAGUGGGAAGACUUAUUACCGGCAAUUUCUUGCCUUGGGAUGGGGGCUUCCAGCUGUUGUUGUAGCUAUUAGUGUUGGAAUUAAGCACGACGAGUAUGGCUCUUAUGACUAUUGUUUUCUCACUCAUCAUUAUGGACUUAUUUAUGCUUUCAUUGCUCCUAUGAUUGCAAUAAUUUUGGCAAACUUUGUGAUUUUCGUCAUUGUUCUGAAGAUUGUCACAGAGUUCAAAGGGAAAUCUGACAUGCGGGAAAGGAAACAAGUUAUAAAGGCCAGCUUGAGAGCUAUUGCUGUGUUAUUACCAAUUCUGGGACUUACUUGGAUCAUUGGAGUGUUUGCAGUUGACAGCUUGUCUGUGUAUCUGGCACACACUUUCACUAUCUUCAACAGUUUGCAGGGUCUUUUUGUCUUUAUUUUUCAUUGCGUUCUAAAUAAUGGGGUGCGUAAAGGGUUUCAGAAACUGAAGGAAAGUCGUAAACGGAGAAAGGAAGCGGAAACAUUCACCAUGAGCAAUUAUUCAUGGCAGUGGUACAAGCGGUAGUCAUGCCUACAAUUGCAAGCGCUAUAGCUUCUACAACAGUUUCUAAACAUUAUCUACACAUUUUAGUGGCUUUUUCAACACAUUGUUCAACGUAUUGGGUAACCUAGCUACCUAAAGGCACUGUAUAUAGAUAUAACUUGCAACAUUGUUGUGCUCUUGAGUCGAUGCUAUAGGUUAUAGAUUGUUGUACGUUAGCAUCGAAAGACGUAGAGAAACAGGAAGUUAAAGAAAGUGUGAACAGGAAACUGUUUUUUACUGAUGGUUAAUCUAGCUCUACUAUAUACAUAGUCUGACACAAUGUUGUACCAUUCUGCUGUAGUCACACGUAAAUAAGAGUUUCUUCUUUUCUCA